CCCAUCAGAAAUAAAAAUAAAAUAGAUUAAAAUCCCCCCCGGAAGAGAGAGAAAAAAAACCACCCGAAAAUUCUCCCUGUCUCGAGGGCGACGCACGCAGGCAGGCAGGCGACGCGACUCCACUUCGUUUCGGUCUCAGGCGGCCCCGGCUGCUGCUGCUGCUGCUGCCCGCCGCCCAGCUCAAGAUAUUCGAGAAAUAAGGGUCGGCUUGGUUGCCCGAGGCCGACCCAGCGCCUGCGAUGGAGGAGAAGGCUGUCGCAAAUGGAGCAGCCGCUGCUGAUGUUGCUGCUCCUGAUAACAAGGAUAACGCCAAGGAAGAGGCUAGCGAGAGCAAGGAGGCAGUAGCGAAUCAGGAUGCUGAAGAGCAGAACAAAGGCUCGGAGAAUGGCGCAGAGGGCGAGUCAGGUGGAGAUGUCAAGAUGGCAGAGGCUGAGACCACAGAGGAAGGCGAUGGUGAUGCUGGUGCCGCAAAGCAGGUGGAUUCUGGAGAUGUUGAAACGGAUGCAGAUACAAAGGAAGAUGCCAAUGCCAAGACAGGAGAAGGUGAGGAUGACAAGAUGACUGAAGCUGACGCAGGAAGUACAGAGGACAAAGAUAAAGAAGAGAAGGAAGAUGAAGUUGAGAACACAAACGUGGAUAAGCAGGAUGAAUCAAAGGAGCAAGAGAAAGGUGUUUCGGCUGAGGAAGAGGAAAACAAAGGAAAAGAAACAGAUGCCGAUGAGAAGCAAGAACAAGAGGAAGCAGAAGAAAAGGGUUCUGCUGAUAAGAAAGAUGAAGAUGAAGAUGAAGAUGAAGGUGAAGGUGACAAGAUGGAAGAGAAUAAGGAGGAGACUCCGAAGAACAAGAAAGCAAGGAGUGCCAGGGAUAGAAGCCAGGGAAAGGAUAAGAAACAGGAUGGAUCCAAAUCCAGGGAAGCAAAAAGUUUGCUGAACACGCCAAGCCCAUAUGGUACCGAUCGCCCUCAACGUGAGAGGAAAACAGUGGAGAGGUUGGUUGAGGUGAUUGAGAAAGGGCCAAACAGGAAUUUCGUGGUUGAGAAGGGACAAGGGACUCCUCUUAAGGAUAUACCAAGUGUGGCACACAGAAUAUCAAGGAAGAAACCUUCUGAUCUUAAAUUUCUUCACAGUAUUCUUUUUGGGAGGAAAGGCAAGGCUGUUGAUUUUAAAGGACAUAUACUCCAGUUCUCUGGAUUUGUUUGGCAUGAGAGUGAUGAAAAGCAGAGAGCCAAGGCAAAAGAGAAGCUUGACAAGUGUGUAAAAGACACACUGCUGGACCUCUGUUGGACCCUUGGUAUUCCAACUCCAAAAGCAAACAUUAGAAAGGAAGAUAUUGUGUCAAAGCUGUUGGACUUCAUUGCUGAACCUCACUCUGCAGCUGAUUCUGGGCUCUCUGAUGACCAGGGAUCAAAUUCUAAAAAACGCAAGAGAGGAGGUGAAAGUGCAAGUAAGACUGAUGAUAGCACACCUAGUAGGUCAAGGAAGAAAUUUGUGGAUGGCAGUACUUCUAGUAAAAGGCAGAAGAAAGCGCUCCAGUAUGAUACUGAUGAGGAUGAGGAUGAAUCCAUGAAUUCUGACAGUGAGGAAAACAGGGAUGAAGAUUCAGAUGAAGCUGCUGACAAACAGGAAGGUGACUAUCGAUCUGGCAAAGAAAAGGCAGGGAAGAAGUUAUCAGAGGUAAAAGAAUCUUCAGGCAAAAAGAAGGCAAACACAGGGAGUGGCCACAAAUCAGGUCCUCCAAAGAAAAUUAUCAAAAGUCCAGUAAAAAAAGUGUCAUCCAAGGUUCAUGAGGAAAAAGGAAGCCCCAAUGAUAGUGCAAAGGUUUUUUCUAGGAAGAAAAAACCCACAGCAGAAAAGGAGAUCAAAGAAAAAAAGUCAUCAGGCAAAAAAAAGGUGGCAAAGGGUAAAGGAGAAUCAGCUGAAGCAGUUCUUCCCAGCAAGGACGAUCUGAGGAAGACCAUUACUGAAAUCCUCAAGAAAGUUGACUUCAACACGGCAACUUUCAGUGACAUUCUUAAGAAGCUUGACGAUCACUAUAAAAUGGAUCUGACCCCAAAGAAAGAAGCCAUCAAAGUUAUGAUCCAAGAUGAGCUAACCAAGCUAUCAGAGGAGGAUGAAGAAGGAGAGGGAGACGGAGACAAGCAGCAGGAGCAGCCUCAGGCGAAGGAGAUCGAGGCAUGAGGAGGAUUCGCAGAACCCCAUAGCUGUAGUAACCGCUGUUAAUUAUCCUGUACUUAAUGCGUAUGCAGUUGCCUGUACAGGCAUCCUUUGUUGAUUAUUAUCGCCACCAGCUCGAGAACCUCACCCCCUGAUUGUGUAUGUUGUGAGACAUGAUGUGUAGGCAGCCUCCACACCUUUUAGCUGACUGAUGAUAGGAGAGUUACUCCUAGGCAAGGCAACUUGUGUUUUCUUCUAGAUUUGCAAAUGGUGUCAGAAACUCUGCAUUUGCUGCGGCAGAGCGUGUACUUAGUUGUUUCGUGAUAGGUCUGAAUAACACAUGGAUGGAUAUGGUAUCAGGCUGUAGUUUGAUCGUGUUGCCUUGAGUUCUUUA